AUGACAGCAGAAGAGAAAGAAGAGAUGGAAGAAAUUCCAUAUGCAAUGGCUUUGGGGUGUCUCAUGUAUGUCAUGGUUAGCACAAGACCUGACAUUGCUCAUGAUUUAAGCAUAUUGAGUAGGUUCAUGUCAAAUCCUGGGAUAAACCAUUGGAGGGCACUCAAAUGGUUGUUGAGAUAUUUGAGAGGGACAUCGGAUAUUGGAUUGACUUACAAAAGAGUUUCAGAGAAAGUAACUUUGAAAGGAUAUGUUGAUGUUGAUUGUGCAUCAAGCAAGGAUACUAGAAGAUCUACUACAUCUUAUGUGUUUCAAACUAAUGGAGAUUGUAUUAGUUGGAAUUCACAACUCCAAUCCGUAGUAGCACUUUCAGCUACAGAGGCAGAAUUCAUGGCGACCACAGAGGCAUUCAAAGAAGCAAUAUGGCUACAAGGAAUUUUGAAGGAGUUGAAGCUUCUAGUAGGAAAGGCAAGGGUAUAUUCUGACAGCCAAUCCUCGAUUCAUUUGUGCAAGAAUCCAGUGUACCACGAGAAGACAAAACAAAUUGAUAUUCGGUUGUUUUGGAUAAGGGAGAAGAUAGAAGAAGAAGUAAUCGAGUUGGAGAAAGUGAAGUCAGAAGAGAACCCUGCUGAUAUUGGCACUAACGUUUUACCUGUUAGUAAGUUCAAGCGUUGCUUGGACUUACUCAACCUUAGUUGCUAA